UGAGUGAGUGAGCGCACCAGCGGCCCCGGCGCGCACAGCUGAACCCGGGGCUGGGGGCGCGGCUGGGGCGCACCCCACCCCCACCCGGGUCGGGGCCUGGGGCCUUUGUGCUGGGGACCCGAGAUCUAUAGGGCUAGGGGUGCAGAGGCAGGGAUGCCCCUCCGGGUGGGAGAGCCCGCUAGGGGUGGGGUUGUCUGCUAGGUGGGCAGGGGGUGGCUAUGGCCCAGACAGGUGCCUUGGGAGGGAGGAGCGGCGGCCCAGUAACCCUUGGAAGGGGUGGCUGCCACCUGACGAAAUUGGGCAGGGGGUGCAGAGGAUGAUGUGGGACCACUGCACGCCCUGAGCGGGUGCGGAGUGCAGGCGGGCGAUCUGCAGGAGCGACGCCAGGCGGGGGGUCUCUCUCCGGGGGUCCAGGGGUACAGGCAGCCGCAGGUGUCAGGAGCUUGGCCUUGGGUAAAAAAAUAAAAAAAUAAAAACGGGAAGAGAGGGCCCUGAGGCCCGGUACAACAGCUCGCUGUUCUCGGUCAUCGCUCUUGCAACGGAGCAGGUUCCUUGGAGGCAUUUGGAGCCAGAGAUGAGUAUCGACCUGCUGCGAUUGUAAUGUGUUCCUGGCUCAAUAUUUUUUCCCUUAAAAGGCGGUGGGGUGUUUGGGGAGGGGUGUGAGGGCCUCUGCUCCGGAUCCUGCGGUGAAUCUAUGGGGGCUCUGCCUUUAGGGAGGUGCUGAGCCUAUCUGGAUGGAGGAUGGCAGGAAUCUGCCUAGGCCGAGAAUUGGGGAUCCUGUUACAGAGAGGAGGAUGGGAAAGCAAUGCCAAGUGAGACCAGGGUUCCCUGGAGUGUGAGUCUCAGGGUGGAGGGACCAGCCUGGUAACGAUGUCGCCUUGUCUGUGGAGGAGAUUGGGGCAGGACCCUGAGCCUUGACACUCUUUUCUGCCCAAGUGGUUUCUUAGCGCUGAGAAUCAUCAUCUAGGUCUGCUAACCUGGCCCCUGUCUAGAGGAAGCUGCUUGGCCAGAUUCAAUUAAGCAAACAUUUACUGAGUACUGGCUCCCCUAGGGCUUGUGCUAAGGUGGAAGGGUGGGAGUGGACUGGGCCAGCCCUCCCAGGACUGAUUCACCUUCCUCAGGGGGAAAUAGGGCUGUGCUCUGAUAACCAGGCCUUCCUUCGGUGCAGUGCAGGGGGGCUUGGGAGGGGCCUGGGAGAGAGAUACCCCGGGCUCAGGUCAGACCUGCCUAUGGGCAAUGUAACGUUUGAACUGGAGCUUGAAGGACACGGGCAGGGUCAGAAUGGGCAAUGUGGGCAGAGGGAAGAGAAUGAAUGGAGAGGCCCAGGAACUUGGGCAGCUGGCUGGGUUGGGAAGGAGCAGGGGAGGGAUAUUGAGGGAGGGAGGAGUCAGGACAUGGAUGAGGGAGGGGUGGGUGAAAGGCCAGAAAAAGCACAGGAAGGGAAAUGGACAGAGGCACACCAUGGCUGUCUGACCAUGUUUGUGGGGCUGUCUCGGUGGAGACCACAGCCUCCGUGUCUAUAAAAGGGAAGGUUCUGUGACCCCUGGAGCGUAGUUGUGUUAGAGAAAGAACUUCAGAGACCAGAGAGGGCUCCUGGCCACCUGGGACUGCCCUUGCAAGGCACCUUGUUCCUGGCAGAGCCAAGGGCCCUGGGUAACCAACCCACCCAGCCCCCUGCCCAGCCGAGAUGAAGUCACCUGCUUUGAAGGAGACAGUUUUUUUAGCUGUUUCAGGCAUUUGCAGGGCUGAUGAGGAGUGAAAUGCAAAGUCCUUCGCAAGCCUUAUGAAAACUGGUGAAGGGCCGGAUGCAAGGCAGGGAGCCGGAGCAGCCUGAGGCAGGGGGGCCUCAGGGAGCGCUGGGCCCUCCAGCCGUGCUUAGAAACAUCGCCACAGCAACCAGCGAGCAGACAGCAGUAGCCUGGGCAGACGCAAGCGGACAGCUUCCUACCGUGGCAGAGUACAGGGAAUGACUACGGCAAAUCAGGCCACACUGCUGACAAGGGAGGUGGAGUGUCACUAGAGGGGAGGGUGUGGUCUCUGCCCCACUGCACCAAGCGCCAUGCCCACAGGAGAAGCGGUACUGGGGCAGGGAUUGCUCUGUGACACAGCCUCGCCCCAAAGCCAGUGCUGAGCACGGCCGGGUCAGCUGCCUCUCUCAUCUGCCCGUCACACCAGCCCACGUUUGAGCAUCCCUCGUUGUGACCAUUCUGUUUGGCGAGGGGGAGAGGCGCCCACCCUGUGUUCUGCAUCUGGGGGGUGGCCCGCUGCUGCCGGACCAUGGGAUGUCGGCAAAGCUCAGAGGAAAAAGAGGCAGCGAGGCGGUCCCGGAGAAUUGACCGCCACCUGCGCUCCGAAAGCCAGCGGCAGCGCCGUGAAAUCAAACUUCUCCUGCUGGGCACCAGCAACUCGGGCAAGAGCACCAUCGUCAAGCAGAUGAAGAUCAUCCACAGCGGGGGCUUCAACCUGGACGCCUGCAAGGAGUACAAGCCCCUCAUCAUCUACAACGCCAUCGACUCGCUGACCCGGAUCAUCCGGGCCCUGGCUGCCCUCAAGAUCGAUUUCCACAACCCUGACCGUGCCUACGACGCUGUGCAGCUCUUUGCUCUGACUGGCCCAGCAGAGAGCAAGGGUGAGAUUACACCUGAGCUGCUGGGUGUCAUGCGACGGCUCUGGGCUGACCCAGGGGCCCAGGCCUGCUUUGGCCGCUCUAGCGAGUACCACCUGGAGGACAAUGCAGCCUACUACCUGAACGACCUGGAGCGCAUCGCAGCGCCCGACUACAUCCCCACGGUGGAGGAUAUCCUACGCUCCCGGGACAUGACCACGGGCAUUGUGGAGAACAAGUUCACCUUCAAGGAGCUUACCUUCAAGAUGGUGGACGUGGGCGGGCAGAGGUCAGAACGCAAAAAGUGGAUCCAUUGCUUUGAAGGCGUCACAGCCAUCAUCUUCUGUGUGGAGCUCAGUGGCUAUGACCUGAAGCUCUAUGAGGACAACCAGACGAGCCGGAUGGCGGAGAGCCUGCGCCUCUUUGACUCCAUCUGCAACAACAACUGGUUCAUCAACACCUCGCUCAUCCUCUUCCUGAACAAGAAGGACCUCCUGGCAGAGAAGAUCCGGCGUAUCCCGCUCAGCGUCUGCUUCCCAGAGUACAAGGGUCAGAACACGUACGAGGAAGCCGCGGUCUACAUCCAACGUCAGUUCGAGGACCUCAACCGCAACAAGGAGACCAAGGAGAUCUAUUCGCACUUCACUUGUGCCACCGACACCAGUAACAUCCAGUUUGUGUUUGACGCAGUGACAGAUGUCAUCAUACAGAACAAUCUCAAGUACAUCGGCCUUUGCUGAGGAGCCGGGCGCAGCCUGCUCGCCUGUGGUGAAACCCAUGGGGUGUCACACCCCACACCUCAUGCUCGAGAGGCCCGACCCAGGGGCAGAAAACGGGGCUUGAAGAGUGUGUCCCCAUCCCACCCCCAGCCUCUGCCUUCUUGGCCCCACAUCUCUGCAAACAUAAAUAUAUUUGGAUAGAUUGCUAGGUAGGUAGACACACAGACACACACACAGACACACACACACACAGACACACGCACGCACGCACAUCUGGAGAGGGCAUAGUUCUCCAGAGCGUCAAGGUUUCCUGAAGUUUUCAAAAGCUGCUGUCACAAUUUCAUUCCGAGGCCAUCUUGCCCCUCCCCCUUCACUCUGCCUUCCUGAGUUGGCCCCACUCUGCACGGGAGGGAGGGCCCACCUUAGACUGCUGGGGAGAGGCCACAGGGCUGGGGGCCAGGUCCGGCCAGCUGUGCCCAUCGCCUGGGAGAAGGCCAGCUCACCAACUGAGCUCUGGACUGGGGACUACCGCUGACCAGGAGGGAAGCCUGGAGCCGCACCCGACUCAGCCACUCUGCGUCACAUUCGUCCUGUACCUAGGACCGGAGGAAAGACGUGACUGCUCUAACCGGACCUCUGACUACCGGUGGCUUUUACAAAAAAAAAACAGCUAAAACGUACUCAGCAAAAAAAAAAAAAAAAAAAAAAAAAAAAAAAAAUUAACACAGGAUAAUUAGUGUCACCGUUUAUUCCAAACUAGGCCAGCUGGGUUUCCAGCUUUUCUUCUACUGGUCUGAUGUUUUAUAAAUGGAAACCUGGUUUUUCUUCUCUGGCAUCUUCUUUUUUUUAUUAUUUUUUUAAAUUUUUAUUUUUGGCCAAAUAUUAUGUCUCACAGAGGGGGAAAAAAAAACUACAGACAAUUUCGGAUGUGAUUAGAUAUUCUUUUUUAAAUGCGGAUUUUCAAAACAUAUUUCCUUUCCAGUGUCCCUUUUGUGUCUGGCUUGCUGAGUAUAGAAGCUGUCACCUGGACGAUUCUGCUCCUCAGCUCCAAAGAAUCCUGGGGUCAACGUCCCAGGCCAGCCGCAUGGGACAUAUGUACAUAGGUCUUCGCAAUGUUCUCUUGUUACUGGUGCCGUUUUCUGCUUGUUUUUUUUUUUUGUUUUGUUUUGUUUUGUUUUUUGUUUUUUAUUUAAGAGAGAGAAAUGUGAUGUAUUUAAAGAAGGUCCUUUACCUAGGAGCGAAUGAACAAUAGCUGAAUGUCUUGGUAUUUAAAGUGUAAAUUAUCUAUGGCUUUGCCAAAUGAAGGGAGGGGGUGGGCAAGACAUGGAACUCCCCGGUCCCCACACACUUCGCACCCAAUGUGGGCUGGGGGGCUGCUCAGACUCCUGUGAAGGCACAGCUACAGUUGUGGCCUGAAGGAGGCCCAGCUGGGACUGUGUGCUCCCGGCCUUCUAGCCCCACAGCCCACAGACAUUGGUCUUGAGAGAGCCUUGGCUGUGUAUCAAUUACAAAGCCCUGCCAGCAAGGGGAUGGCACCACUGGAGCUCUUGCCAAAUCACUCUCAGCCCUGUAUUUGGUACCGGUGUGUCCCAGGUCAAUGUACAGAACUGCAGCCAAGGAGCUAAGAUGUAACAGAGAGAGAGAAGAGCUGGUGAACCAUAUAAAACUCAAAAGAUUGUCUACUUUAAGAAAUAAAAUACCCUGAAUGGAGCCAAA